UAAAAGGGAAAAACAGAACAUAAACACACAAGCUGUCAGCCAGUUGAAUCGGAGAUUUGUGGAUAAAAAAAAAAAAAUGUGCAGCCUGGAGAAGCGUGGCAACCUGUGGGUAUUGACCCUCACCGGCGACAACCAGCACCGCCUCAGCCCCACCCUCAUCGACUCCCUCCUCUCAACCCUUAACCAAGUCGCCUCUCAAGCCACCCCUGGCUCCGUCCUCCUCACCACCGCUAACGGCAGAUUCUUCUCCAACGGCUUUGACCUAGCCUAUGCCCGUGCCGCCGGCUCCGAAUCCGCCGCCGCGGAUCGGCUUCACUUCAUGGUCGAGUCCCUCAAGCCAGUCGUGGCAGCGCUCAUGUCCCUCCACAUGCCCACCAUCGCCGCCGUCAACGGUCACGUCGCCGCCGCCGGGUUCAUACUGGCGAUCAGCCACGAUUACGUCCUCAUGAGGAGUGACCGCGGAGUGCUGUACAUGCCGGAGGUGGACCUCGGGCUGCCGCUGCCGGAUUACUUCGCCGCCGCGAUGAGGGAGAAGAUCAGGUCUCCGGCGGCGCUGCGGGACGUGUUGCUGGGCGGCGUGAAGGCAAAGGCGGCGGAUGGGGUGAAGAUGGGCAUCGUGGAUUCGGCGCACGAUAGCGCGGAGAGUACAGUGGAGGCUGCGAUGCGCCUGGGGGAACAGCUGGCACGGAGGAAGUGGAAUGGCGAAGUGUACGCAGAUAUAAGGAAGAGUUUGUACCCACAACUGUGUGGCGUUUUGGGAUUGACUCAGAAAGUUAUCAUAUCCAAGAUCUGAAUCUCAUCACUUGUUUUUAUUUCUGUUUUCUAUAUCCUUUGUAAAGGAUACUGCUAAUAAAUAAUAAAAUAAUAGUCUUUUCUUCUACAUCGAAUGC